CUAUCGUCUGUGGCCUUUCUUGAACCACAAACGAACCUCACAAACAGAUGCGCCGCGGCAAAGAUAUGCGCCUCGACUUUUCUGGUCUUGAACGCGACCCUAUGGUCCUACGAUUAGUGCCUCCUUAGUAUCAGCUACGUUAACUACUAUGGCCCUCGAACCCGGUCCUCGUCGUUCCAUCUCUCCGGAUAGCUCUGGACAGAAUACACCUAUUGUAAGACAAUGGAGGAAUCAACUGGGCGCAGAGGAUACACCUAUAAAAGAUAAGCACUACCGAAAGUACGCGUCAGGUGUUGAGCGAGCCCUGUCGCUGUUUGAUACAGCUUUAGAAGAAUGGGCAGACUAUAUCUCCUUCUUAAGUAGGCUGCUUAAAGCCUUACAAGCACGUCAAGCUAGCAUAACGUCCAUCCCCUCCAAAACUCUAGUCGCAAAGCGCCUCUCGCAAUGUCUAAACCCUUCGCUCCCUUCCGGUGUACAUCAGAAAGCGCUCGAGGUCUAUACCUACGUAUUCUCAAUUAUAGGAAAAGAUGGCCUGUCUAGGGACCUUCCUCUUUACCUUCCAGGCCUUGCGCCCACCUUAUCGUUUGCGUCCUUAACGGUAAGGGCACCGUUCCUCGAUCUCCUCGAAGCCCAUGUUCUUCAUGUGGAUCCCAGGUCGCUACGGCCGGCAAUGAAGAGUGUUAUUCUAGCUCUUCUACCCGGAUUAGAAGAUGAAACGAGUGAAGAUUUUGACCGAACGCUCAAGAUAUUAGAGAAAUUCAAAGUGGUUAUCCGACCUCCAAAUUGCAGGGACCUUACGUCAACAGAUUCGACUGGGGAUGAUUUCUUCUGGCAGUGUUUCUUUCUGGCUACAAUCACAGGCCAGAGCCGGCGACCUGGUGCUCUUGCGUAUCUCAUUCGCAGACUACCAAGACUAGGGCACCCGGUCACUCAGGAGGUAAACCCAAAUAAAGCUCAAGAGACCGAGGCCGACGUGCUGUCAUCUGAACUUUCGAAUCUUGUAACCUCCCCUGAACCGGGUUUACUCCUUAGAUGCUUUGCAGCCGGGUUAGGAGACGAACAGCUCCUCAUACAACGAGGCUUUCUGGACCUUCUGGUUACACAUCUUCCCCUCCACUCGAAAGUGCUACAGAAGAGAGUCAAGAGUGACGACUUGGAGCUUCUGCUUCGAGCCGCUGCUUGUGUUGUCAUCCGAAGGGAUAUGAGUCUCAACCGGCGACUUUGGGCUUGGUUUUUAGGACCCGAACCUUCAGGCCAAGAACAAGAGAAUGGCCCGAAGUCACCCACUUCCCCGUCCGACCAGCAUGGGUUUCUUGGUUCCAAAACGAGUUAUUUCGAGGAGUACGGAUUGCGUCCUCUAACUCGAGCAUUAUUAUCAAUGAUCAAUACCGCUUAUAAUAGAAAUCCUACAGAAAGAGCCCAACCAUACCGAAUAUGUCUAUCACUCAUGGAUAGAUGGGAGAUAGGUGGUCUGGUAGUACCGGAAAUCUUCCUCCCGGUAAUGGUCAGUGUUAAGAAUUUCGAAAAUAGAGCUUCUAGCAAGGCCGAGUUCAAUGAAGUGUUACGCAGUGCGAGCGUGUUCUUUGACGGUGUUGAGAGCGGUCUCAUAUUCGGCGAGAUGAUAGGGCUUAUGGCUCAAGCCGUUGGUCAGGGUAAUGCGACGGACGCGGAGCGUAAUGAGAAAUUGGCACUUGUCCAAUUUAUCAUGGCACAUUUUAAUAUCCGGGAUGAGGAAAUGAUAACCGUCCACGCGCCUCUUGCUGCCCUGUCUAUCUUAGCAAUGCUUGAGGACGUAAAGGAUCAUAGAAGCGCAUCUAAAACACCAAGUGGGAGCGACGCCUCGGCUGUUCAGUUCCAGGCUCUCGAUAUUGCUCGCAAUUUGAUCGAGCUUAUUCCCCAGCGAGCGUUCCCAAACAGAUCAGGAGAGCGAGGCUCGGUUGGAUCCAUAGAGGGGCCGGUAGUGGCGUCUAUGUCAAACAGCGAGGUCCUUAAAAGGGUUAGGAACUUCUAUGACGCCGAUCAAGGGAAUCUCGAGGCUACACCAGCGCCUUUUGCGCCGCGGACCGUAGGAGCUCUCCUUGUUCAAAAGGCGUGCAGCCUGACCUGCGAUAGCCUAACGACCGCCAACCAGGAGGCCGCAAUAUCUAUUAGAAGCCGACUCAUGGGGCUUCUUCUAUCUAAAAUCCCCGAAGAGUAUACUAUAGAUACCGCAAAGCUACUCUCUGCUAUGCAAGCACGGUUAUCGGCACCUAACAUACCCUUCAUCUCGUUCAAAUCAAUUCUUUUUCUCUCCACACAACUUUAUACCAGUGAGCGAAUACCGAUAGCUCACCUAUCAGAUCUAGUUGAGCCGUUAGUUCGCCACGCGUGGGGUUUCUUAUCUUUAACAGAGCCGAAGUAUCAUGUCGAAACUGUGAGAUGUCUCUGGCAAUUGCAGACAGCCCUCGCAACUUCGAACCGCGAUAUUGAAGCGGUGAUUGCUGAUUUAAUGCUCAAGGAUGAUACGACAGGCACGUUUGCCACAAGACCGGCUGACCCAGGUCGAAGCUAUACCAUCCUAUGGUCUCAUACGUUACAAGAUAACGCCUCUCAUUCUGACCGAAGAGCUCCAAAGACCCCUAUUAGUGAAUUUAGACCGGCGACUCGACUGUCUGGAAUGGAUCACUACGAUGUCAUGCUCACUAGGCCCCUAUUUUUAAUGCUUGAUUCUUUACUGGAUGAACGAAGCCAAUUAUUUAUGAUGGUAAAGAAUUGGCUGAACACCAUGGUUGGUAUUGAUAAGCUGUUCUCGAUUUUCGUCACAAAAAUAUCGCAACUUAAGUUCCUUCGAACUUUCCCUCCGUCGGCUAAUCCCGUUGCGUCGAGCCAAUCUGUUAAAUUCUCAGCGGAGGAUGACCUUGACCUAGCACUCUAUUAUCUCCGUACCCUGUCCAACAUAUUCCGGUGGGCCCCCGACGCGUUCUGGGGAGUUCUUGCGACGAGGAUAAUUGAAGAACCUAAUCAGAGUCUAAUAGAAAUAGCUGGUACGGAAAAUAGCUUGUCCCUCCUGGAAUUCUUCCUGCGGGUUUGCAUGCGAUGUAUUGCCGGCAAUAUACUUCCGAGUGGCAAUCACCUACAGCUUCGAAUAACUCAGCUUCAUCGUUGCGCAUUGAAUUUCCUUCACCAGAUUUUAUUAAAUCCUUACUCAGAUGGAUUGUCUCGUCUAAAAUUAGAAGACACCUUAAUUGACCGUCUUACUCAGUCCCUUGGAGGACCCGAUCCAUAUAUUCAAGUACUUCUACUCGACGUCACCUUCGACGUGCUGAAACUUCGAGAUGCAUCGCCCGUAGAGACACCGUCUUCACCAAUGGGAGAGAAGCGAGCUAUGAACUACGCGUCCGGUAGCGUGCGGUUGUCUGCAGCAUCCCUCGAGCAUUUUCCCGAGGUAACCCCACCACCGCCUUCAUUACUUAAAUGUAUACAGGCUGGUCUUGAGUCGCCCAGUAGUCGACCUGUCCUAGACAGCUGGGUAGGCUUCCUCACAGAGUGCUUGCCCUUCUAUUCAGACUCUAUCUUCCAAGUUCUGAUUCCUUUAGUGGAAACGCUUUGCGGUCAGGUUGCCGGUACAUUUGGCAACCUACAGGAGACUUUCAAGCAAAAUGGGAAACCACCAGAGCGGAUUAACGCUCCGGAAUCGACUCUUAUAUCAUUACUCAACGCGCUCGAACAAGUUCUCGCUAAGGCGCAUGACCAAUUGCUGGCAGCAGAAGCUAGGGUUCAAGCCAUAAAGAGUCCUGAUCAGCCUCAAGGAUUCUUCGGGAACAUGGUAUCUGGUGUGUUCAACUCAGAUGCUCCGCAGUCUCGAAGCGCGACAGCCAAUGACAGGCUGACUGUUCUGCUUGCCUUCCAGGAUGCUGUCCGGAUGUGCUUCAGGAUCUGGUCUUGGGGACAAGGAAGCGAAGCUACUAGCCUGGAUAUUGACUCGGCUUCCUCGUUCAAAUACACAUCGCUGCGCAUGCGAAAUCGGGCUAGACGCCUACUAGAACACGUAUUCGCCGCCGAAGCUCUAGAAUGCUUAGAGACGGUAGUUGACAUUUGGCGGAAUUCCUUGAGUGAUCCUGACACAACAAAACACUCGGAAGUAUUCAAUUUACUCCCUGCUCUAGACGGAUCUCGGCCAAGGCAUACUAUCCCCGCUAUCUUCAACGCGAUAUAUAGCCGAUCAAACCCGACCGCGUUGGAGACAUCUAGGAAGUCAACAUUAACUAUCGAACUACAAGAUACAGAUCUAGUGAUCUUCUUAGUUGAUUAUGCUCGGUCUCUUGAAGAUGACGCAAUGGACGAAAUCUGGCAAGAUUGUAUGAUCUUUCUAAGGGAUCUAUUAGGCAAUCCUUUCCCGCACAGGCAGACAUUACCAAGUCUCUUGGAAUUCGCAGCAAUUCUAGGCGAGAAGGUGGACAACACAAACUUCGGGGAGCAGAGAAAGAUGCGAAGGGAGCUCGGGGAUCUUUUUCUGCGACUGCUCACAGCUAUUUUCACCACGAGACCAGCUUCCUUUACAGAUGGCCAGUCACCCCUACAGUCGGAGAAGUCAAAGGUCGGCGAGAGUCGUCUUAUAUUGCCAGCCGAGAGGGCAGAUGAUGUGGUCGGCAUCCUAUCUCACAUCGUGCCUAACUUACCCAAAAUCCUCGUAGAAUCCGAUCGCGUUUUGACAGCAGCAGGUGCUAUUUCUACAAACGUAAUUGGCCCCUCUAUCCGUUCAAAGGCCUUCCCCGACACUAUUUCCAAGAGCACAUUAACUCUACUUCAAGAGUUGACGAGGCUCCCAAAUAAUCAGAAAACUUGGAAGAAGGAUAUCGGUGACGCUUUUAACGAUUCUAGAUUCUUCAACUCGUCCCUUGUUCUAGUACGAAGCGACUGGCUACCACUAUUGAAACUUUGGACGGUUGCAGAUAAGGAACGGAUGCCCGAAAUUUUGGGACGAAUAACGCCACCCACAACAGCCGGUAUAGUCUUCGGAGUGGGUGCUACUUCGGCAAGAUUAGAAGCGGACCGAAAGACACAGCUCAAUCUGCGCCGCGUUGCAACUCUGAUUCUUGCGUGUGGUACAGACACGUUUGUCACGGACCUCCCGCUUAUCCUCGAGCGCCUCAUCGAGCUCCUAGCGGCGACAUCUACAUCUUCGCCUUCCUCAACUACACGCUCCGAGAUUUAUAUGGUGGUCCGUGCCCUUGUACUUCGGACUUCCGUUAUCCAUCUUGCGCCUAUCUGGCCAACCAUCAAUGCUGAGUUGCACGCAGCCAUAUCCUCCGUGGCAGCACCAGACAACAGCGCCUCUUCAGACACUUUUAGCAACACGUCCAUUCUACAGGCUUGCAAGCUAUUAGAUCUGCUCAUCGCUGCAGCGCCGGACGACUUCCAGUUACACGAGUGGCUUUUCGUCACGGAUACCAUCGACUCCAUCUACCGAUCUCCUAGCUACCAGCCAGUAGCACUCGUAGAUGAGCUGUCAGAAGAACUAGGCAAUGUAGCAUCUAAUAUUACUACUGCAGCCUUACAGACAGAAUCGGCAGCCGCGACAACUAUAAGCGGACCGCCUCAGCGCAGGCCGCUUCUAGGCCACCCGGGAGGUAUCAGCGAUGAAUUAACGGUGGAUAGGAAGGAUGAGCUGGUGGCCAAGAUAUUGCGGCCGUUCUUCGCACAGCUGAGCAUUUACGCGUUUGAGUCCACGUAUGCCAUGGGUACGUUGGACGUCGAGACGUGUGUGGACAGUCUGUUGAGAGACUUGUUUGAUGAGCGGACGAUUGUUAAGGCGUUGUAAUUGUAGCUAACUGGAGGAGAGGGGAGUAUAAGGGGCAGAUCGAGGGUUAUCCCGUGUAUUGGACUUAGCCGUGUAAUGUUUUGCCCUUGAGCGGAUUAGAACGUUGCCUAGUGAGAUAGGUGAAUAAAAUAGAUGACAACUUAUUAAGCA